AUGACCGUCUUAUUCAUAGACUUCAGUCAACGCCUCGAGGAGUAUUCGGAUCAUCGACUUGGCUCCCUUGGUCAAAGCAUGUGUCUGUUGGACCCAUUCGUUGGCGAUAUUCUCAUUGCCGGUAUGACACAUUGUCAUAUUUCAAUCAUGUAUGAAUGGACUGUUCAGGCCAUGAACUUUGCGUGCAUCGGUCGAUGCGCCUCCGCAUCUGCACCAGGACAACUUGAUACAUCAUACCGACGGAUGGUCCUUUCGGAGUUUUUUGGGUCCUUCGAAUAUUUUGAUCACCCGUCGUGGAUUGGAUUGCCCAGGCGUGCUGUCAUGUCAGCCCAAGUCGUAGCUUCCACCCCCUGGAAAGACCACACGCGCUAUUUCGGCUGGAGUGGUGUAUACAUUGCCCUUCACAAGAGUUCGUGCCUAUGGUAG